CACGGCUGCGGGUCCGUCCGCACCAUUCGGGCGCGGCGAAUCGGGCGGUCUGCGGAGGUGACCAUGUAAAAAGAGCCGCUGACAGCUGCACGCGGCGGCGGCGGCGGCGGCGACGACGACGACGACGACGACGACGACGACGACGACGAGGCGCUAACCGUGACUUUCCGCGAGCGGUUCCCGGUGGUGCACGACGAACGGCGGCGAGACGAGGCGCCCCGCCGGUGCGCUCCAGCUGCACCUUCUGCACGCGCAAAAAUCGGAGCUCUCGCGCUCCUCUCUACGCCGUAUUAUCGCCGUACUCCGCACAUACCACGCGCGCUCGCGCGCGCACGCCAACGUAUAUACAUUGACGCGUACGUGUACGUGCAGGCCGCGGGUACACGCGCGGAACGGACACACGUGUGCAACGAGUAGCGCGAUCGAGAGAGAGAGAGAGACGUUUCCCGACGCGGAUAUGGGCGUACCGCCUUACCGUGAAAUGCGCGUCGAUUGAGCGGAUCGAGUUUGUUCCCGAGCGUGACGUCCAGCAGGAACACGGACGAUAACGGUGACAAGUGCGCGGCGUAAGAGGGAAGGAGACGGGGCGACUGAGAGCGAGCGAGCGAGCGAAGGAGAGAAAGGGUAUGGAGAACGCCAUGCAGCCGCCACUUCCACCGCCACCCCCACCGGCCUUCGACAUGCCACGGAGCAGCACGGAGCAGACGGUCACCCACGAGUUGAUAUUUGUUAAUCUAGCGGACAACGGCAGCCAGAAAGUGGACAUGACACACUUCGAUCUGCUGAGAGUCCUUGGCACUGGAGCUUACGGCAAGGUUUUCCUAGUGCGAAAGAGAACGGGUGCUGACGCCGGACGGCUGUAUGCCAUGAAGGUACUGAAGAAGGCCUCUAUCGUGCAGAAGAAGAAGACGACGGAGCACACCAAGUCUGAGCGACAAAUUCUGGAGGCUAUCAGAGACAGUCCGUUCUUAAUAACUCUAUAUUAUGCGUUUCAAACUGACGACAAGCUCUGUUUGAUCUUAGAAUAUGUUGCCGGCGGUGAAAUGUUUACGCAUCUGUAUCAGCACGAUUGUUUCACGGAGGACGCAGUGCGAUUUUAUAUCGGCGAAAUUAUCCUGGCGUUAGAGCGUCUUCAUGAUCUUGGCGUAAUCUAUCGGGAUAUCAAACUCGAGAAUAUACUUUUGGAUAAGGAAGGGCACCUCGUGUUGACGGAUUUCGGUCUCAGCAAAGAGUUCCUACCGCACGAGAGAAACGGCAACGCGCGUACUUACUCGUUUUGCGGAACUAUCGAAUACAUGGCACCGGAAGUGGUGAAGGCAGGCCCGAACGGCCACGAUAUCGCCGUUGAUUGGUGGAGUGUGGGCGUGCUAACGUUUGAAUUACUGACCGGUGCGUCGCCUUUCACGGUUGAGGGUGAGAAGAAUAACCAGCAGGAAAUCUCGAGGAGGAUAUUGAAAAACGAUCCGCCAGCGAUGCCGAGCCACUUGAGUGCCAAUGUGAGCGAUUUCAUUAGCCGCUUGCUGGUCAAAGACCCACGACAGAGAUUAGGCGGUGGACCGCGCGACGCUAAAGAGCUCAAAGAGCAUCCCUUCUUCAUGGAUGCGGCACCAGCAUUCACUUGGGAGGGUUUGGAGAAGAAACAGAUCAAGCCUCCAUUAGUCCCCAAAAUCUCGCACGAAUUGGACACUAGCAAUUUUUCAGACGAAUUCACAAAGAUGAACGUUGUCGUUGAUAGUCCGGCAGUCAUUGAUGGUGAUUACGCUGACAAACAUUUUAGGGGUUAUUCGUAUGUAGCGCCUUCGAUAUUAUUCACCGACAAUGUGGUGAGCAGGGAUAUCUUCGGUGGCGAGGAAGGUACCAGUUCGCAGCGGCCUUUAUUAUCCGAUCUGCUCAACACGUGUUUCGAGGAGUCCACGUUCUUCCAGACGUACGAGCUAGAUCAAGCGGGACCAGCUCUGGGCGACGGUAGCUUCUCGAUUUGUCGACGGUGUCGUAAUCGCAAGACCCAGCAGGAGUAUGCCGUAAAGAUUGUCAGUAGGCGAGUGGAUUGCAGCCGGGAGGAGAGUCUGUUGCGUGCGUGCCAGCGUCACGCGAACGUGGUGAAACUGAUAGACGUUCACCACGAUCGACUUCACACGUACAUCGUGAUGGAAUUGCUCUCGGGCGGAGAAUUGUUGCAACGUCCGCGGCCAUUUUCGGAGCGGCAGGCGAAGCGGGUAAUGCGACAGUUGGCGUCCGCGGUGCGAUACAUGCACUCGUGCGGUGUGGUGCAUCGUGAUCUUAAGCCAGAGAACAUAGUGUACGUUCAUCAAGGCGAGAAUUCGUCAGUGAAGAUAGUUGACUUUGGAUUCGCCCGGAUGAAGAACAGCUGCGAGCCGUUGCACACGCCCUGCUUCACGCUCCCAUACGCCGCCCCGGAGGUUGUGGCCAACCAGGAAUACGACGAGAGUUGCGACAUGUGGUCCCUGGGCACUAUUCUGUAUUUCAUGUUAUCUGACAAUCCGCCUUUCCGCACGGACACACCUAACGUGGCGAUGCGCAUCAAAACCGGCGAGAUUAAUUUCGACAGCGAAGCUUGGAGUCACGUUUCUCCCGGUGCGAAGCAAGUGAUGAAAGGUCUGCUGAUGAUCGAUCCUAACAAUAGACUCACCGCAGCUUCUCUGGUGUAUCAUCCAUGGUUAACAAUGUACGAUACAACGGUUCUUCCGGUAACGCCCGUCACUGACACAGCUCACACUGCGGAUAGUGCGGUAGCCGCCAGUUCAACGUCGGCACAAGAGCGCGAGGGUUUCCGAUUGCGCGCGGUCGACGCCGCCAAACUGGCUCAGCGUCGCAAGCACAAACGUUCCAAUUCCAGUUCCUCGACGUCGAGACCGUCUUCUUCCUCCUCCUCGAGUCCGUCGUCAGUUCAGUUGCUGCAUCUACCAAGCGCCACGGCGAGCGCUCCGAACACUUCCACCUCGUCACCAAGCGUCUUCGACUUUAACGACGAAGUUGUUAACGAGUACCUGAGUUCUCUGUCUUCUUCUUCCGACUCGAAUUCUUCGAUAAGACUUUCGCUCCUACAGGGCUUGGAGCGGACCGCGAAGAAGCGGGCUAAACGCAAUGCCGACCACGAAUCGUCAUGUCAACAGAUGGUCCCGACGAAGAAGCAUCGACAUCGACAUGACGUUGAUAGCGAGGCUAGCGGUAGCAGUAGUAACGGACCAAUGACGCGAUCGCGGAAACGUAAACUUGAACAGAUAAUAAAUUCGGACAGAGAUAUAGGUUCUGACAAUUCUGCGGAAUCGUUCGAGUCGUCCUCGCAGACCACGCACGAUGAAGGAGACGUCGAUAGGAGGCAUAAAGCCGGCAAGCGACCCAAACGUCUCCCCACGAUUAUAGUCGAGUAGAGUUUUCCUACUUAUGCUUGGUCCAGUAACGCUCCAAUGAAUUCACACCUUGUUUCCUAUGCAUUUUACGCGGUGUAUAACAUCGCUGCCUUCUCUGCGUUCGUACAGAACGCGAACAUCGCAUCAUUCCUAUCUCACCAGAGUUUUAGACUAUCGUAUAUAUAUAUAGAUAUAUAAAUAGCUAUAACAUAAUUAUGCCAUCCCAUUUUCUCUAAAUCUUGGUCCAUUUUCUAUCUAAAUAUUUAUAUAGUCGAAAAGUGCAUUCUUAUGAGAGAUGCUGAUUUAAAUAUAUCGGAAUAAUACCAGAAAUGGACGUGUAUAAAACGAUAUUAUAUCACUGUGGUCAGGGUCUCGACAAAGUAUCAACGUUUCGUCGUGAGGAUUUACGCAAUAUACAGAUUUUAUUACGCAGUGUACAGAAUUUUAUUUUUAUUACCGCUAUCAGAGAGAAAAAGAGACAGAAGUAUAAGUAGGCGGAUACGAAUGUAAUGGUGAAUCGUUUUGUUGCGCUAAUCUGGGAUUGUCUGUGAUUAUAGUGCGAGGACGACAAACGUUGUAAGUUAUUAUAACUUAUUACACACUCUCCCGUUAAAAUUUUCUUCCUUUUCGUCACUUCUGCGAUCGAUAAUCACAGGGAUGACGAUAACGAUCAACUAGCCAAUACGAAGAAAAUUUUAGCGAUUGCUUAUGACGAGUGUAUAUGUGGUUAAUGUGCCUCAAAAACUCAUUUCAUUAUGAGUACAUUAAAGAUAUUAAUGUAGUAAAAAUGACGCGCGAUUAUGCGAAGAUAACAAAAGCAACUGUUCUUACCAGUGGUACCUCAAUAAUAAAAAAAAGGAAAAAAACAUAUUUGAAAAGUACGAUUUGUUAAAAAAAAGUAAAUGAUAUAAAUUAUACAAAUUAAGCACUCUUUUACGGAUAGUGUUAUUGAGAAUAUAUACGAUACAUAAUUAUAUAACUUAAAAAAAAUUUGUUUAUAUACGUUAAAUAUCCUAUUAAUUUUUACAAAUGACUACAAAAAAAUAAUGAUUAUUGAUUAGAUAAUAAGUAAAAUUGAAAAGAAUUUUUAUUCAGUAUUUAAAUUUUUUUCAUGAAAAAAACCUUGUCAGAUACACUUUGAUGUAUUCAUGUAGUAUUUGAUAUGUGAAAAUUUUGAGGGUGACGGAAUUGAAUGAGUUGCAAUGAAGCAUUCAGAGCGCUAUGAGAAAAUGAAUUAGAUUUAAUUAAGUCAGAUUAUUUAUAACUUUGUGAUUUAAUAUGUUAUGAAUUCAUGAUCGAUGCAAUUCCUCACAAUUUACGUGUGGACUAACUAUCAAUUUAUAUACAGUGGAGCCUCCCAUAUCCGAAAUAAUAGAGAGACAAAAUCAUUCGAAUAAGGGAAUUUUCGGAUAAUAGAAUAAACACAUUUUCAUAUUAAAUUCCAUGUAAGUAUUCAAACAGAAAUUUAAAUUUUGUAUUGUAUACUAAAAUAAUUUGUAAACAUUACUACAAAACGCUGUUCGGAUAAUGGAACUUCGGAUAUGGGAGGUUCCCCUGUAAUAAGUGAAGGAAUUAUUUCGUCAAAAGGAAUUGUGCAUUAUUUGGGAUUAUCAUUUAUCCUCGUUAAAUUAUUAUUUAUUCUCUUUGUCAUUUAUACUACAUUCUUCCAAGAUCUAAAGCACGUGAGAAGGAGGUAUUUUUUUCACGUAACAGCUUCACGUCACAAAAAGGAGGAUUUAUAAGAAAAGAAUGACAUGUUUCCGGCCUUGAACUUUUUUUUCAUUUAAUUAAAUGUUACUGUGUUUAUACUAGUGAGACGAUUGUCUUAAUCGACGUGUAAUAAUUGCUGUGAGAGAUGAAAUAACAAAAUGGUAAAGACUGAAAUGCGGUUGUAUAUCAACUCAGGGAACAGACGCGUUAAUUGAGUAACGUUUGUGUUAUCUUGUACGAGAGAUAGCGUUACGCGAAGAAAAGCAUAUGUGCAUGCUUCUACCAAAGACGACUGAAGCGACACUCCUCUGUUAAACCAAAUAAAAGUACGGUGUGUAGCGGAGACAAGCUAUACGUGAGAUAUCGAAUUUAACAUGUAUAUAAUAAUAAUUAUAUAUAUAUCUAAAACGCAAAGAUGCUGAUGUAACAGAUUAUAUCUAUAUAUUUAAUAAAUCCUGUCGCUAGAGAAAUCAUAUUCUUUAACAAGGAGAGAUAUAUACAUUUAUACAUAUAUAUGUUUACACACACGUAUAUACAUACGAAUAUAUUUAUGUAUACGCAUGUAUACAUACAUAUAUGUGUAUGUAUAUGCAUAUAUACAUACACAUAUAUGGUAUGUAUACAUAUGUCUACUUAGGAUCAUAAAAGUCAUUUAAAAUUGUAAACUUUAUAAGUUACAUCGAUUGCCUGCAGAACAAAUUUUUUUCUAAGGAUAUAUUGUUAUGUUACAAACGCUCCUUCAGGGUUCAAAGGAUGUGUAUACAUAUGUACAUAUAAAUAUAAAUAUAUAUGAACAGUUAAGCAGGUCGAAGCUUGUACCAUACGAGAGUGCUGUUCUGUUGCUAUAAAUACGUAAAAGAGACACCUACCUUUGUUACCACUGGUUGUUAAAAAAUAUAUCAUAAUGCAAUAUUUAUUUAUAAA